GUCGGGAGGCGGGGCAUGCGCGAGGACACCGCUUUCAAAAAUGUAUAAAAAGCGGAAACGGGGCGGUUCAUUCAGUCAUUUGAGUGGGAGUGUUCACUGCUUGGCUUCCGUGUUUCACAGAAGGAACUAAUUCUAUUUUAAACAUUUUUAAGAUCUUAAAUAAUGGCUGAGAAAAUCCGCAUCAAAAGCCCCAAUGUUCACUACACUGAGAAGUUCAUCGAGUCCCGGUACUCGUACCAGACCACUUCAGUGACCCAGGAUGGAGACACGUACACGGUGACACCCCACAGUACUGAGUGUAUGUUCCACACAGAGCGUCAUGUGCCUAAGCUUGGGGUCAUGCUCGCGGGCUGGGGAGGAAACAACGGCAGCACCGUCACCGCCGCUGUGCUGGCCAAUAAGCUUGGCUUGACCUGGAAAACCAAGACUGGUGUCAAGAGCGCCAAUUACUAUGGUUCGUUGCUGCAGUCCUCCACUGUGUCUCUGGGCACAGGGCCAAAGGGGGAGAUCUUUGUGCCAUUCAGAGACCUGCUGCCAAUGGUGCACCCGAAUGACAUCGUAUUUGAUGGUUGGGAUAUUUCCUCUAUGGAUCUUGGUCAUGCUAUGGAGCGUGCUCAGGUUCUGGACUGGAGCCUUCAGGAGAUGCUUCGUCCCCACAUGAGCCAUCUUAAACCAAGGCCCUCUAUUUACAUCCCGGAUUACAUUGCCGCCAACCAGGAGCACAGGGCAGACAACGUCCUCACGGGAACCAUGGCAGAGCAGAUGGAACAAAUCCGCAGAGACAUCCGUGACUUCAAAGAGAAGAGCGGCGUGGAUAAAGUCAUAGUACUGUGGACUGCAAACACAGAGAGAUUCUCGGAUGUCAUGACUGGUGUCAAUGACACUGCCAAGAACCUUCUCACUACCAUUAAGAAUGGAGGAGAUGUAUCUCCAUCCACUCUGUUUGCAGUGGCUAGUAUUCUCGAGGGUUGUGCCUACAUCAACGGCUCUCCUCAAAACACAUUUGUACCCGGAGCUGUGGAACUGGCCGUCCAGCAAGGGGUCUUCAUAGGAGGAGACGACUUCAAGUCAGGCCAGACGAAAAUAAAGUCAGUUCUGGUGGAUUUUCUAGUUAGUGCUGGAAUCAAGCCGGCCUCCAUUGUAAGCUACAAUCACCUUGGAAACAACGAUGGCAUGAACCUAUCUGCCCCACAGCAGUUCAGAUCUAAAGAAAUUUCCAAAAGCAACGUGGUGGACGACAUGGUGGAGUCCAAUACAGUGCUCUACAGGCCAGGAGAGAAACCCGACCACUGUGUGGUCAUUAAGUACGUCCCCUAUGUGGGAGACAGCAAACGUGCAAUGGAUGAAUACACUUCAGAGAUCAUGAUGGGUGGCACGAACACAAUCGCUCUCCACAAUACAUGCGAGGACUCCCUGCUGGCCAGUCCUAUCAUUCUGGACCUGGUCAUUCUGACCGAGCUGUGUCAACGCAUCACGUUCCGCACACAACAGGACUCAUCCUUCCAGUCCUUCCACAGUGUUCUAUCUAUACUCAGUUUUCUCUGCAAGGCACCAAUUGUACCACCCGGGGCACCGGUGGUCAACUCUUUUUUCCGCCAGCGAGCCUGCAUCGAAAAUGUCAUGAGGGCUUGCCUCGGUCUUCCUCCUCAGAACCACAUGCAGCUCGAGUACAAGAUGCAGAAAAGCUUCAAGGUUUGUCAAGCCACGAAGCUUCACAGCCCAGUAGCCACAACAGAGAACAUCAUCACCAAAGCGUACCAUUGCAUUGAGUGUAAUGGAGCCAUUGACCAGAAGAAUGUAGAGAGAUAAAAAAAAAUUUGUCAUCUCAUGACUGAUUGUUGAUCACUCUGUCUAAUUGAAAAUUAGACUAAUAGAAUAGUGAUUAGACUAAUAACUCUGUUUAACAGCACAAUGUACUGUAUUUCUCCUUAGAGACCAUUAACUAAGAGAAUUAAAAAAAUAAACACAUUUUUAAAAUGCA